UCUCUCUCUCACAUUAUAUAUCCUUUGCAUUGAAUUCCUUCUGCUGCUCUAAAUACACACACACACACACACACAUAUAUAUAUAUACAUAGACUUACAGAGAAAGCAAAGCGAGCGGAGAGGAGAGAGAAAACAUAAGAUAGAAAAUAAAAGAGAAAACAAAAGCAUGGAUCGUUUACGUUGUUUCGGACCAUCUUAUAGUAGGCUCGGUUUAUUUUCCCUCCUCCUCCCUCUCUUUUUCUUCCUUUCCAACGCAGCUUUCAACAACCUCUCCACCAUUCCCUUCAACCCCGCCUACUCACCUCUCUUCGGCGACGGCAACCUCGUCCGCGCCCCCGACGGCAAAGGCGUCCGCCUCCUCCUCGAUCGCUUCACAGGUUCGGGUUUUAUCUCCUCCAAUCUAUACAAGCAUGGGUUCUUCAGCGCGAACAUCAAGCUGCCGUCGGAUUACACCGCCGGAAUCUGUGUUGCGUUUUAUACAUCAAACGGCGACGUAUUCGAGAAAAGCCACGACGAGCUAGACUUCGAGUUCCUAGGGAACCUUGAAGGGAAGCCAUGGCGGUUUCAGACCAACUUGUACGGAAACGGCAGCACAAGCCGCGGCCGAGAGGAGCGUUACCGCCUUUGGUUCGACCCCACCAAGCAGUUCCACCGCUACAGCAUUCUUUGGACGGCAAAAAACAUCAUAUUUUACAUUGAUGAAGUUCCUAUCAGAGAGGUUGUAAGAAAUGAUGCAAUGGGCGGCGACUACCCAUCAAAGCCGAUGUCCUUGUACGCCACCAUAUGGGAUGCUUCAAAUUGGGCCACGUCCGGCGGCAAAUACAAAGUGAACUACAAGUAUGCACCUUUUGUAGCCGAAUUCAAGGACCUUGCCCUAGAAGGUUGCCCCGUUGACCCUAUUGAGCAAUUCCCGGUAGCCAGCGUUUGUGCCGAAAAGGAUGCUCACCUUGACGUCCAAGACUAUUCCAUUGUCACGCCUGAGCGCCGCCGUGCCAUGCGCAAGUUCCGCCAAAAUUACAUGUACUACUCCUAUUGCUAUGAUAUGUUAAGGUACCCUGUGUCACCGCCCGAGUGUGUUAUUAUUCCAUCGGAGAAGCAACGGUUUAAGGACACUGGAAGACUCAAGUUCGGAGGAAGCCACCGUCGCCAGUCAAGGAGGCGAAGCCGGGCUUCGGCUACUUCUUCAAGCUCUGAUGCUAGUGUUUAAUUGAUGCCUAUCGAUAUGUAUGCCGUCUAUCGAUAUGUAAAUUGAAACUUUGUGAUGUUGAUUUUUUUAUUUUUAUUUUUUCAUAACGUACAUUAAUAUUUACUAAAAUAAAUAUAUAUAAAACAUUAUCAUAA